GAGGGGAGAAGAGAAGACAACGCUUUACUUUCUCCGUCUCUCUCUCUCUCUCUAGACAAUUCUCCAUGUCUUCCUCCAUUGCCAUUUCCUCAAAACUCUCCACAAUCGGAGGAAGGCGAUUCGGGGGAGGAGAAACGAUGGGAUUUCCCGUCGGAAUAUCUCUAGAGUGAGAAUCAUGGUGUCUUCUCCUUAUUCCUCUUCAUCUCCAUGGAUUUUGAUUCCAGAGUUCCCAUUUCUCGGGACGGAACUUCUCUUUCCUCGUUGCUAAACCAAAGUAGGCCCCUUUUUUCUCCCCUCUCAUGUCUCUGAUUCAAUCUUAAAAUUGAUCGAUUGUGUGAUGUCGAAUUUCCUGUUGGGUUUCUCAAUUUAAAUGCAAUGUGGCAAAUGAAUUUGGGGUCAGACGAAACAAUGAGUGGUGAUGAUGGGUCGUACCCUGAGCGGCCUGGAGAGCCAGAUUGUUCUUAUUACAUACGGACUGGACUUUGUAGGUUUGGCUCAACCUGUCGAUUCAAUCAUCCUCAUGACCGGAAACUGGUUAUAGCAACCGAAAGGAUUAAAGGAGAAUUCCCUGAAAGGAUUGGUCAGCCUGAGUGCGAGUUUUAUCUUAAGACGGGAACUUGCAAAUUCGGAGUGACUUGCAAGUUUCAUCAUCCUAGGAACAAAGCUGGAAGAGUAUCGCAUAGUGUCUUAGGCUAUCCUCUACGUCCGAAUGAAGAUGAUUGCUCUUACUUUUUGAGAACUGGUCACUGUAAAUUUGGUGGGACUUGUAAAUUCAACCACCCUCAGAGUCAAUCAACCAACUUGAUGGUUUCUCUUCGUGGCUCUCCGGUUUACUCUGCUCUUCAAUCCCCAACUGGUCAGCAGUCUUAUUCUUGGCCGAGACCAUCUUUUGUUGCAAACAGUCCUCGUUGGCAAGAUCCUUCUAGUUUCGCCUCUUUACUUCUACCUCAAGGUGGUGUUGUAUCAGCUCAAGGAUGGAACACUUACGGUUCGCUUUCUCCAUCCGGAAGUGACCAGGCCUACAGAAACCAUCAGCAGAGUGAUGCAAAAGAGACUUCAGGAUCUCGAGGAGGUCUCUUCUCGUCCGGGGAACAUUCAGGGAACUCUGUUCCGUUCGGGUACUAUGCAUUACCGAGAGAAAAUGUAUUCCCGGAAAGACCAGGUCAACCCGAAUGUGAAUUCUACAUGAAGACAGGAGAUUGCAAAUUUGGUACAGUCUGCAAAUUUCAUCAUCCUAGAGACAGGCAAACCCCUGCUCCUGACUGUCUCUUAAGCCCUGUCGGCCUCCCUUUACGCCUGGGAGAACCACUGUGUGUGUUCUAUUCGCGGUAUGGGAUCUGCAAGUUUGGUCCAAGCUGUAAAUUUGAUCACCCGAUGCGGAUCUUCACUUACAACAACAAUGCAUCUCCUUCUUCUUCUUCUCUGCAUCAAGAGACUACUACCAUAACCACCCAGCUCAGGAAUCUGCUAGUUUCUUCUUCUGUGGAAGCAGCACCCACUACACUCCCUUCUGUCUCUGAAACAACCUCUGCUAAAGACACCAUUGUUGAUGUACAAAACUGAAAUUUUUUUGUCUGUCUCAACCUGUCUUAAACAAUCUUUAACAUUUGUUUUUCACUUCUUUUUUUUUGGUUUGGUCUUAUCUCUUAAGCAAUCAAGUGAUAUUUGACCUAA